UAAACUGCAAAAUGACGGCAUAUAAAACAAGUUCAAAUACGAAAAUUUUCCGCUUUUCCCGUUCUUUCUUUUCUUCCCAGUUACUUACCAAAACAAAAACAAAAAAUGUCUGUCUCUAAAUUAACCGUUGCUCCAGGUGUUGACCAAUAUACCUUGAUUAAUACGAACAAGACCUUGGCUGUCAUGAUCUUGACUUAUGGCGCUACUAUUUCUCAUAUCUUAACCCCUGAUAAGACCGGUACUAUCCGUGAUGUCUGUCUUGGUUUCGAUAGUUUUGAAUCCUACAAGAACCCAGCCAACCCCUACUUUGGUGCCGUUGUAGGUCGUUUUGCCAACCGUAUCGGUCAAGGUAAGUUCUCCAUCGAUGGUCAAGAAUAUAACAUUGCUGUCAACAAUGGUCCCAACACCUUGCAUGGUGGUCUUGACGGUUUUGAUAAGCGCAUUUGGACCGCCACCAUUGUUUCUGAAUCUCCCCCAUCUGUUCGUCUUGAACUCGUCUCCCCCGAUGGUGAUCAAGGUUACCCUGGUACUUUAACCACACAACUUACUUACACUGUUAAUGAUCAAGAUGAACUUUCACUCGAAUAUCGUGCUACCACAGAUAAAGAUACAGUAGUCAACUUGACAAACCAUUGUUACUUUAAUUUGUCGGGUAUGGAGUUAAACCCUAACGUAUUGGAUCACCGCGUCACUAUGACAGAUGAGGUAAAGGCUGUUUUGGAAUGUGACGACAAUUGUUUACCUACCGGAAAGGUUCUCAGCUGGUCUGAAGCACCUUGGAUGAAUUUCUCUGGUGAAAAUGCUGGUAAACCUAUCGGUGCUCGUCUUGAACACCUUCAAAGUACCCACGGUUAUGACCACCCUUAUGUGAUUCAUAAUGAGUACAAGACAGACACAGCAGAUUUACCUCUUCGUGAAGCUGUGACUGUGUACUCUCCUGAUACUGGAAUCGAGUUGGAUUUCUCUACCACGGAGCCUGCUUUCCAAUUUUACACUGGUGGCUGGAUCUCUGAUAAGUUGACUGCUAAGAAAGCACAAGGUGAGGUCAAGAUUGGUCGUAGCUCUGGAUUCUGUCUUGAAGCUUCUCGUAACCCUGAUGCCCCUAAUAAGCCUGAAUGGCGUAGCUCUGUCUUGCUUCAAAAGGGUGGUGUUUACUCUCAAAAAACUGUUUAUGCUUUCCAUGCUCGUGUGGAUUAAGUUUUCUUUUUUUUUUCUUUUCUUUUUGCAUACAAAUAAAUUUCCCAUUGCAUGAACUAUCAAGUUUA